AUGUUUCGACCACGUCGCGGCUUUUGUCAGAACUGGGCUUGGUUUAUCCUGAGCUCUACUUUAUACGGAUCUUGGAUACUCGGACUAUUUCCGUUUAUAUUUAAUUGCCGGAAAAAACAAUUAAGUUUGUCCCGAUGCCUUCGACUCUACGGUUUAAUUUUAAACUUCUUCCUGCUCUUCAUACUCAUAUACAUCAGUUUUGAAACUGAAAAGCCUUCUAAGCUAGAGGCCUUUGAGCGGAAUCCUUUGCUGGAAAAGAUAAAUAUUCUUAUUGGAAUAAUGAGUGUCAUCUCAGCCAUCGUAGUGCACUUGAUGAACUUCCUGAGGAGCAACCAGAUUCUGCGGAUAAUCAAUGAACUGUUGGCUCUAGAGUAUCGUCACUUUGGGGCCAUGAACUUGUGGAAUUGUCCCAAAUUAAAUUGUUUUGUAAUCCAAAAGAGCGUGACUAUCAUAGCAGUGAUGUUAACUCUCAUGGGAGUCCACCACGCAAUGCCAGGAAAUAUAACAAACUUCUGGACAUCUCUACUCAUGUGCUUGACCCAGGUGGGUCUCAACCUUAAAGUGCUGCAUUGCUAUCUGGGCGUACUAUUUAUCUACCGAAAUGUGUGGUUGAUCAAUGGACAACUCCUGGAACUGGUCCAUCAAUCUAUCCCCAUGACGGACUUAAUAUCCGCCAGGAUUCGAGAACUUCUCUCUAUAUACAGACACCUCUUGGAGCUUAAUAAGAAACUGCAAACGGCUUACGAGUUGCAUAUGACGCUUAUUUUACUUUCUGGGUUUGCUGGCAAUAUUGUGGUUGUCUUUUUCCUAAUCGUGUUCGAAUUCAGUAUGAAUAAGCCAUCCAUUUUUUUAGUGGUAUUUAUUCAUUCUUUGUUGCUGAAUAUUUGGGAUUUUUGGCUUAGCAUUGUUGUUUGUGAUCUCACAGAGAAAACCGGCCAAGAAACCUCUGCAAUCCUGAAAUUAUUCUGUAAUGAAGAGAACCUCGAUGUAGAGCUGGAAAGAAAUAUAAAUGAGUUUGCAUGGCUUUGCAGUCACGCCAAGUUUCGCUUUCGAUUGUUUGGCAUGUUUUCGGUUAACUACAAUAUGGGUUUUAAUACGAUCAUUACAAGUUUUUUGUAUCUGCUUUAUUUAGUUCAGUUUGAUUUUAAGAACUUGUGA